AUUUAUUGCCAAACAGUUGCGAAACAGUUUUGCAAUGAAUGAGUGAUUCAAUGAUUACUCACUUCUAGUCUAUUAUACGAUAAUAUAAUUAUUAAUUAACUUAUUAUUCACACAAUUAUUACAGUUAUAUAGCAUUGAAAGCAAUACACAAAUCACUAUAACUAUGAACUUCUUCGGCAAAAAGCAAACCCCAGACCAACUGAUGCGAACGCAGAACCGGGAGAUCCGAAGAGCCCAGAGAGACGUCGAUAAGAGUCGUAAUGAUAUCGAGAAACAGGAGAAGCAGUUGGAGAUACAGAUCAAGAAGGCGGCCAAAGAGGGCAACAAACAGUUGUGCCAAACACUCGCCAAACAGUUGGUUCAACUGAGGAAGUCGAGGACCCGGACGGUGGCUGUGGGCGCCAACAUCGGUGCCAUCGGAUCCAAGUCUAAGAUAAUUCAAGCAAACAAUAAGAUGGCAGAAGCCAUGGCCAACACGACGAAGACAAUGAGUGAAAUGAACGCUCAGUUAAAACCGCAACAAAUGAUGAAAACAAUGCAAGACUUCGAGAAAGAGAAUCAAAUGAUGUCUAUGAAGGAGGAAAUGAUUGAGGACACACUGAAUGGCAUUCUGGACGAGUCGGGCGAUGAGGAGGAACAGGACGCUGUCGUGGCGCAGGUGUUGGACGAGAUUGGCAUUGAGAUCACCGGAAAGAUGGCUUCAGCGCCGACACCAUCGCGUGAGUUGGGCUCCACAUCGACUGCGAAGUCCAAGUUCUCUGACAGUGAGAUCGAGGCCCAGUUGGCUAAACUCAAGAUGUAGUGAAUGGCCAACAAUUUUCUAGUGCUAUCAAUGAUUAUAUUUGAUUGCCUUUUAAUCGCACGAUUUAUUUUUAUAUAUUUAUUAUUCUCUCGAAUAUAAUAUUACCAUAAAAUUGUAUAUAAACUGUUAUGUAUUAAUUUGUCCUAACUUAUUACUGUAUAAGAUUGACUUUAUUUAGAAUUAAAUAGAUUUAUAUACCGUAAAGUAUUCAAUAAAGGUCACUUAUAU